AUGCGCACUGCACUGCCAACCCGCCCGGUGACAUCGAUGGGAGAGUCGCAAGGCCCGUCUUCCUCCAACGAUGCUGCCUAUGCCUCUUCAGCCGGAUCGCGGAGUCCGGGCACUGAAAGUUUUACGACCUCUGGGCGGGACAUGGCUACAUCGCUCAGCCCGUCGCCAGUGCCAUAUAGCACUCUACACGACGAAAAGACUGCCAGCGCAAAAGCCAGUACAACUCCCUCAACCGGCCAAAGCGGUCAAGUCUGCAGCAAUUGCGGCACUACUAGAACGCCGUUAUGGAGGCGAUCUCCCCAGGGCGCCACUAUCUGCAAUGCUUGUGGGCUUUAUCUAAAGGCAAGGAAUUCGCAACGGCCUACGAAUCUAAAGCGGCCUCCUACAGUUGUAGCAGCAUCGUCCACUUCGCGAAAGUCGCCCGAGCAGACAUCACCAAAGCCCUGUAGCCAGACCAAUGGCGCAACCUACGUGGCUGCCGAUCAGACUCAGUCGGGAUCCUGUCCUGGCGGAGGUCGUUGCAAUGGCACAGGUGGUGCAGUGGGCUGCAGUGGCUGUCCGGCCUUUAACAAUCGGGUAGCCAAGAGUGCACAACUCAAUAGUCUGCAGAAUCAGGACCCGUCGACCCGUGAAAAGGACGUGGAUAGUGGGCCGCAGCCAAUCGAUGUGGCUGCUGAAGAGGCAAAUGGUCAGAAUACCACGGUUGUUAUUGCCUGUCGGAAUUGCGGUACAACCGUGACACCUCUGUGGCGCCGUGAUGAGACCGGCCACACGAUAUGCAAUGCUUGCGGUCUGUACUACAAACUGCAUGGAGUCCACCGACCUGUCACUAUGAAGAAGGCCAUCAUCAAGAGGCGUAAGAGAGUUAUCCCCGUGUCGCAAGGCGGCUCGGAGGAGGGGACACCAAUGGAAUCGGUCGAGCAGACAGUUCAAUACUCAAGUUCGGAGGAAAGGGGCAGUACGAAUGCAGAUGGAUCGAUAAAUCUUGGGUUCCGUCGGCGGAACGAGCACCCCAUGACCCUUUUGCCUGAACCAGUGCGUCACAGCCAAACCUCGACGCCUAUGCCAUCUUCGGAUCUGGCAGCCUACCACAAUGCAGUCACUCCUCAAUCGAUGGAUGGUCGGGAAGAUUCAUUGACGGACAACAACCGCCUCGCACCACUAACGUCGAUUGCUGCUCUGAGCGAGCGACAAUCGUCUUUGUCGCCAGCAUCCUUCUUGUCGCCUUCGAGGAAACGUUCCUUUUCUCCAGCUGACUCGGAACCCCCUCAGAGCGAAAUAGGACAGAGCGCAAAACGUCUCUCGUCCAUCAAAUCGAUUCUCAACCCUCCAGCAUCAGCACACAGUCCCAUUUCGAACCCGAUGGAGGAUGCUGCUGAGUCUUUGAGGCUGUUGAGAUCACCAGCAAGCACACUGUAUUCUGCACCGAGCCCCAUCCCGCAGUCGGCGAUCCCAAACUUACCUUCGAUAAACGAGAGCGAGCGGGAAAAGGCCGAUCGUAGGGCAGCGCUUCGACAGGAAGCCGAGAGAAUGAGAGAGAUCCUAGCUGCCAAAGAGCGGGAGCUCGCUGCUCUAGGUGACUGA